GAGAGACAGAAGAAAAGAGACAGACAGGAGGAUAUCUUUGCUGUUCAUAAUCAAGCUGAGCAUCCAUGAUAGCAAAUAAAACAUGCAGCUACAUCCAGUAUAGGGUGUAGUUAUGUAGAAUAUGUUGAUGAAGAGGAGUAAAUGAUGAAGGAGAUCAUAGUCAGAGUGACUAAGUAGUUAACCGCAGCUGUUGCUUAAAACAUGAGUUGUUUGCUUUGCAAGAAAAUAAGAAGUGUACUUUAGAAAAUAAGAACCGUAAGAUAAAAAUGAGAAGUAUGCUAUUAUCUGAUUUAACAGCUGUCGCAUUUUUGAAUAAUCAUUUAUGUUUGUAUUUGUAUUGUAAGUGUGUAUGUAGUGUCUUCAUGGUGACUGUCUUCUAGCAGUAAGCAAAAGAGAUAUAUUUGUGAGACAUGGUAAUCAAAGUGUCAUUAUAUGUGUUGAUUUCCUUAUUUCGGGGAUCUUCCGUAGCUACCAAUUACUCUACAUCAAAAUAAAGUUUCACUUUAUUGAAGCUAUCUCCAGAGAAACAUAGCAAGCUAAGCUACAAGAAAAUGGCAAAGGUAGCUUGCUACUUGCAAAGCUGCUUUUAUUGUUAUUUUUUUUUUACUUUAUGUCAAAUUAGUGUUACCUCAGUGAUAAGAAAAACUGUCAGCCAAACAAGUACGCAGGCAAAAAAAUGUAAAAUGCACAUUCUCACUCUGACCUCAUCACAUGUUGACGUUUCAUCAUAGGCUUUCCUAUGACAUGCAAGGUACCCUGGGUGCAUUGCUUGUUGAUGUUCCAGGACACCAUGUGAAGUUCUGCCUGUUACAUGCAUUGUCAUCUUUCAAAAUACACUUCUGGUUUCACAAGAAAUUUAUCGUUUACUCUCUUUCAACAUAAAUGCGCUGCGUCGGUACAACACUGCAAAUUGACUUUUGUUUCCUUCAGAAACAAACACACAUGGUUGGGUUUACGCCUACACUUAACUAAGUGCCAGUUUAGUCAUACCUCUUUGUCACACCGUGAGAUUCAGAUUGUGAUUAUUACCUCAGUCAAAGAGGUUAUGUUUUCGCUGGCGCUGGUCUGUUUGUCUGUUUGUUUGUCUGCAAAAUAACUCAAAAAGUUAUGAACGGAUUUUGAUGAAAUUUUCAGGAAAGGUGGAUAAUGGGACAAGGCACAGAUGAUAAAAUUUUGGUGGUGAUCGGUUGAAGCAAAGUGGAUAAAAUAAUAAACAAAGUCUAUGGUCUUACAGCCUCAGCAGCAAUUCCAAUUUCUAAUGAGACGGUGAAAAUAGUGCCAUCUGGUGGCCGGUAAGCACGUCUUGUUCUACUUGCUAAAUAUUUUUGUAAUUCUAAAAUUGAAAUUAAUGUUUCGUGUUGGAAAAAAAGAAAGUGAAAAAUACAAAAAAACAUAUAAUAUUCUGUGUUGGUACAAAAUAAAUACACCACACCAUGUCUCCAUGGUGAAGGCAUAUAUAACCUAAUAAUGAUAGUGAUGCAAAUAACCUAAUUGUGAUGCAGGCUGCAAAAUCUGAUGCAGAGGGGGAGGGAAUAUCACCUACUUGGCAGAGGUCUGCACUCUCUGAGUGCUUUUCUAGUUUUCACUGAUGUAGUUGAACUGCUUAUUGUAGCCAGUUUUCCUUCAUUCAUUCAUUUUCUGAAACUGCUUAUCCAGUUACAAGGUGGCAGGCGACUGGAGCCCAUCCCAGCUGACAUUGGAUGUGGACACUUGUGAGGUACUGUCAUGGCCCUAAUGUGUACUCACAUCAGGGUUUGCAAGUGUUGAGGCUGUCCCGUUGUUUCCUGCAAAGAUAAUAAGACUUUACUUCUUUAUAAUAAAAAAAAAUAUACAUGCAGAUAUUCUAACAAUUUCCCAUGGCCUAAUACUACAGACUAGUCUUUUUGUGUAACUGUCCCAACCAGUCUGUCUCUGUGUUGAAUACCGAGGCAGGUUCAUCUCAGAGUCUCCUCGGUGGUUGCUCUCUCAGGGAAGAGUUGGCUGAGAGGAGGCUGAGGCCAUAGUGAGACAGGCGGCUAAGAUGAACAAAGUGGAGGCUCUACAGAUCAUCUUUGAGGAUUACAGGGGACGUUACCACGACAGAGUGAAAAGGGAUGUUGGUGUGAAACAACAGAGGCACCUAAGCAACCUGGUUGAAGUGUCCCUGCAUCGCCUGAAGAGACACAUCAGACGCUGUGGAAAGUCAGCUGUGAUUCCUUCAUACAAGGUCAGCUGUGAUUCUUUAAUGUAUUAUGUGAUCAUGGAGGGAUGAUGAGACAGUGGGGUCCUGGGCACAGAUAUGCAAAUGGCCCCACUUUGGCUUGCCUAAAUUAUAUGUUUGCACAAAAGCCCUGAGGGUAAUUACGGAGUAUUCUAAUAUGCCAUACUGGUAUUACCUCAUAUGAGCUAUGGGGUGUGAUCUUCACCUCACACCCCCGCAAAACAACUGAUCCUCACCUUGCAUGCCCUGCGCAAUAGCUGGUCCUCACCUCACACCUCUACAACAAAGCUCCACAACAAAGCUCCUUUUAUUUCAGCAGGUACAAACUGCGGAAGUUUAAAACAGAGAAACUGUUGAGGUACUGGAACCAUUUGUUACUGUAAUUACUUUGAGUAUUUGAUUCAUUCUAUGUAUUUGCUGCUGAUAUUUAACUGUUUUUUUUUUUACUUUGUUUUUGUGCAUUACUUUGAGUUUUUUAACAAAUGGCUGGUGAUACCACAGGUUCUUCUAGGUCGACAGGUUAGACAAUUCAACAACAAUUCAUAUCAAAGGCUUAUCUAGUUCCGUGACACAGGGCGGCGGCUGGAUUUUUUUUUUUUUUUGGAAUCUCCAUUUAUGCCGUGGGGGAAACAUUGCCUGGUGCUCAGGAUCAUGACUGUGCAAGUCACAGUUGCAGGUAGACAGAGGAUAGAGCAGCAGUCCUAUGAAUAAGCGGAUUCUUUGAUUAUGAGGGGUUUUGUUGACAGCAUAGCUUUUCUAGGUCAGUGGGGACGGUUCCAGCAGGUUGUCUUCUUCCUCCUGUGCGCCAGCAUCGUGCCCAAUGGAUUUGGAGCUUUCACCCUUGUUUUCCUGACUGAUAUACCGAGCCACCACUGCCUUGUUCCUGAAUCCAACCUUACUGAAGAUUGGCGUAACAACGUCAUACCAGUAAAGGUGGUGAAUGGGAAACAGGAGCUGAGCAGUUGCAGCAGGUACAGGCUAGAUGUGGUCCGAAAUCUCUCUGCUCAGGGAUUCAUCCCUGGCAGGGACGUCAACCUCACUGACCUGGAGCAGGAGGGCUGUGUGGACGGUUGGAGCUACAACAAAGACAUCUACAAAUCCACCAUUGUCACUGAGUUUGACCUGGUGUGCAGUGAGCAGUGGAAGCAGCCGUUCACCUCCACAGUUUUCUUCAUUGGAGUUCUUCUUGGAUCCUUCUUCUCAGGACAGCUCUCAGACAAAUUCGGAAGAAAACCUGUUCUUUUUGCAACCAUGGCAGUUCAAACAGUUUUUACCUUUAUUCAAGUCUUCUCUACUUCAUGGAUUAUGUUCACUGUCCUCCUCUUCAUCAAUGGUUUGGGCCAGAUAUCCAACUUUGUAGCUGCCUUAGUGCUGGGCGCUGAGAUCUUGACUGGCCAUGUGCGAGUCCUUUACUCAUCUAUGGGCUCAUCUCUUGGCUUUGCCAUUGGCUACAUACUGCUGCCUCUCUUUGCUUACUUUUUAAGGGACUGGAGAUCUCUCCUGUUGGGUUUGUCUUUGCCUGGCCUGGUCUACAUCCCCCUCUGGUGGCUCAUCCCAGAGUCUCCUCGGUGGCUACUCUCCCAGGGAAAAGUGGAAGAGGCUGAGGCCAUAAUGAGAAAAGCAGCUAAGUGGAACAAAGUUCAGGCUCCGAGGGUCAUCUUUCAAGAUAACGAUGUUGAUAAGACAGAGAUACACUCUAAACAACGCCUUAGUGCCAUUGACCUGUAUAGGACCAGCAGCAUCAGAACCACAACACUUAUUCUCGGCUUUGUAUCGUUCACUGUGACUGCUGGAUACUAUGCCCUGUCUUUCAACACACCCCAACUCCAUGCUGACCCCUACAUCAGCUGCUUCAUUUCAGCAGCUGUGGAGGUCCCAGCAUACAUUUCCAGCUGGCUGGCUCUGCGAUACCUUCCGCGAAGGCUGUCCGUCAUCAUUACCUUGCUCCUUGGAGCCGUGCCACUAUACCUCAUUCAACUGGUACCUGAAAGUCUAUCAAAUCUGUCACUUGCACUGGAGAUGCUGGGUAAAUAUGGUAUUACCACCGGCACAGCUCUGAUGUUUGCCUACACUGCAGAGCUUUACCCAACAGUGCUCAGGAACACAGCGACAGGGAUAUACACUACUGUUUCCAGACUGGGAAGCUGCGUUGCACCAUUUUUGUUAGAACUGAGAGUAUACCUGUUGUAUCUUCCUUACAUUAUACUGGGGACUCUGGCUAUUAUGUCUGCCGUUGCUGCUCUCUUCCUUCCAGAGACUUUGGGAAGACCUCUACCUGAAACUAUACAAGAGAUGCAAAAAAGAGAGAGGAUAAAGUGUCCAUGCAUCUCUGGAAAAGAAACCCCAGUGCCCUUGUCACUCUUGGACAGUCCACUGUGAUUAUCUACAACAUUACUGAUGGAGGUGAUAUGCUGAUAUUACUGUUGAAUAUCAUUACUGCUGUUUACAUUUCUUUAUUUUUAUCUUAUUUAGGUUUGUUUUUUUUUAAGUUUAUAAGCUGUUCAUUAAACUUGAACGCAUAGUUUUUACUUGUAAUGCAAUUGAAGACAUUCAUUCAUUCAUUCAUCUUCUAACCGCUUCAUCCUCUUGAGGGUCGCGGGGGGGCUGGAGCCUAUCCCAGCUGACAUCGGGUGAGAGGCAGGGUACACCCUGGACAGGUCGCCAGACUAUCACAGGGCUGACACAUAGAGACAAACAACCAUUCACGCUCACAUUCACACCUACGGACAAUUUAGAGUUACCAAUUAACCUAGUCCCCAAUCUGCAUGUCUUUGGAUUGUGGAGAGAACCCACGCUGACACGGGGAGAACAUGCAAACUCUGCACAGAAGGGCUCCCACACCCGGGAUCGAACCGGCAACCCUCUUGCUGUGAGGCGACAGUGCUAACCACCACACCACCAUGCCGCCCUUUCUAAGACAUUAGAAUAUUAAAUUGAAAUGUAAGACUUAAAUGGUGAAGUGGACUUCUCAAGGAUUUUUUUUGACUUGCUCUGUUUUUGUAUCACUUUACGUAUAUGUGUUAUGGUGAGGAUGGAUACAAAAUAUUCACUAAAACCAAUAAUAAAGGAUUGAAAUCUCACAUCUCAAAUAUUUAUGUUACAAAAUGUAGUUUGGUUACACAAUUAAAGCCAUAUUUGAAUGUCAUGUAUGCAUGCAGGCUGCAAGUUUGCCAUCCAUAAUAGGGGAGAAAACAUAUAAUACUGAUGCGAUGGCUGUUAAUAAAUGUUUAAGUUGUGAAGCAUAAGUUGCAAGGUUUGCAUUAUU